AUGGUUACAAAUGGGAGGUUGGAGAUAAGAUUGUUUUGGGCUGGUAAAGGAACUCGAGCUAUUCCCGUAGGAGGUUCAUACGGCGCUCUCAUAUCAGUUGUAUCGGUAGAUCCAAAUUUCAGUGGUGGUGGGCCUAUUGGCAUUAUAAUUGGUACUGUAGUUGCUUCAACGGUGUUUCUUGUGCUUUUAACCGUUGCAAUUUUAUGGUGGAGAGGUUAUUAA